UUCCACGUUGAAUAGCUUGUCGUCCUUACAUGGCUGUUAAAGAUUAGUGCUAGAUCUCCCGGAUCCUGCAGAGGGCAGUGAUUGGCUGAUUCUCAUUGAUCGCGUCUCUCUGAAGAAGAGCGUCAUCAUCAUCAUCAUCAUCAUCAUCAGAUCAAGCUGCAGUUUACAGAUCAUGGAGGAUCUCCGCUUCGGACCGCUCUAUAACAGACGCACACGAGGAACAGCAGUGUGGUACCGGACGGUGCGGGUGGUGCCCAAGCGUCUGUCCGUGAGCUGGCCGCAGGAGAGAGACUACAGACGCAUCUAUUACGGAGGAGAUCAUGGACUGAUCCAUCACCGCAGGAAGCUGCAGGAACACAGAGAGCACCUGCUGAAGCAGCGGGUCAGAGGUCAACCACAGCAGGAGGCGCUGUGUUCCUGUAACACACUGCGAGAGCAUCGUCCAGCAGGAGCACAGGUGCACCUCAGGGUUGGUGGCGCUGUUUCCUCCCAGCCUGGGGUCAGAGGUCAGAGGUCAUCCAGCAGAGGAGAGGAUGCGCUCAUCAUGAAUCUGCACAGACAAGUUGAUGGUGAAGGGGUCAAGCGCAGGACUGUGAUGUCCUUCAGAAACACCCAGAUCAUCAGCAUCAGAGGGUCACUCUCAGCCGCUCGCCCUGGAGCAGAUGAACACAGGCCAUCACCCAGUGAUCUCUCUGGAGGACCAGCCCAUGCUCCUGCAUCCACCAGCAAGAUAUUUUUCUCCGAUCUGGAUGAGAUUCCAGGUUUGGGAGGAGAACCGGAGGAACCCACUCUGGAAGAACGCUGUGCUCAGGCCAUCGAUAACAAAGCUCUGGAGAUCGAGGAGUUGUACAAACAGGACUGCGAGACCUUUGGGAUAGUGGUGAAGAUGCUCCUCUCCAAAGAUCCAACUCUCGAACCAAUGCUUGUGUCAGUGCUGCAUAAGAACCUGGUAGAAAUCGGGGAAAAAUACUUGGAAAAGCUCAGCCAGUUCAUCUCUGAGGUGAAUGCAUUGGUCAAACCGGCCAAACCUAGCCAUGAUGGAUAAACUGACCAUGAAGCACUAUAUCAUGCUUACUCAACUUACAGAAACACCUUAGUUUAGUAGUAAUGUUUGUUUGGUUUUUGCACAUCUUGUCAUGUUAUUCAGCUCAGCUGUCCUUAGCACAUUUGUUAAACUUUUAAUUCAAGAACCACGCUAACAGUUCAUUGUUUACCUUAAAUUCUGUAUCUUUAAUUAGCUAUACUCAAAGAUAUUGGAUUUUUGCUGUUACGAGAAUGCAACAUGUUCAUAAUUAAAUAAAGCAUAUUCAUUUACUCAGUGUUUGGUGUUUCUGUUAUUGUUUAGCAUGCCUUUGUCACACUGUAUAUACUGCCUCGUGUGCAUAUAGUGCAUAUAAAAAGCUUGUGAUACCGCAUUUAAAGAUGUCAAUCUACAAUUGCCCAGUCUGUACAAUCCCAAAUUAACAGACUCAACCACACAAUGGAUUAG